AUACACUAUAUUGCCAAAAGUAUUGGGACACCCCUCCAAAUCAUUGGAUUCAGGUGUUCCAAUCACCUCCAUGGUCAUAGGUGUAUAAAAUCAAGCACUGCUUCUGCAAACAUUUUUGAAAGAAUGGGUCGCUCUCAGGAGCUCAGUGAAUUCAAGCGUGGUACCGUGAUAGGUUGCCACCUGUGCAAUAAAUCCAUCCGUGAUCAUUCCUUGCUACUAAAUAUUCCACGGUCAGCUGUUAGUGAGAUUAUAACAAAGUGGAAGCAACUGGGAACAACAGCAACUCAAGGGGUAAGCCACGUAAAAUGACAUGCUGAAGCGCACAGUGCGCAGAAGCCGUCAACUGUCUGCAGAGUCAAUAGCUAAAGACCUCCAAACUUCCAGUGGCCUUCAGAUUAGCAUAACAACAGUGCAUAGAGAGCUUCAUGGAAUGGGUUUCCAUGGCCGAGCAGCUGCAUCCAAGACUUACAUCACCAAGUGCAAUGCAAAGCAUCGGAUGCAGUGGUGUAAAGCACGCCGCCACUGGACUCUAG